GCUCGGCCCGGCUCCGCUCUGCUCACCCACGCGCCACCACCGGCACCACCACCACCACCGCGCCACCACGCCCUCCGACACCCCACUUGCCGCGCUGUAACACCUAUUCACCUAGCAGCCUACCACGACGCCGCGCUGUUGUGGACGCCGAGUUUUUUCUCCGAGAGGCGCGCGAUCUGAUCCGGCGCGCCUGAGCUGUACCCGUGCCAAUCAAUCAUCGAGCGCGGGUGAGGAAAUCUUGGCACAUUCGGCCUGUACUUUCCCCGCAACCACCGCCUUUGCCGGCACCGCGCGCUGGUCAGAGCAGAGCCAGCGGAUGAGGUCAGCUGCCUCCCUCCUCCUCCUCCUCUUCCCUUUGACGCUAAAAGGGGACACCGCACGGGCUCCAUGAGCUGUCCAACGGUCAAUGGGAGUAGCGUGCGGGCCCAAAAUCCCCACUCAAAUCAAGACAGCAACAGGGCAAGCAAUCCCCCUGUCCCUGGUCAGCAACAGCAGUAGCUGGAGCGCCGUUGCGUUCGCGUAGUGGGCUAGUGCAGACCACUGUGCUGCUGGGUGCAGCCAGGCUCAGGCGCUCAGCUCCGCUGCUUCCAGUCCAGUCUCCAGCGCCUGAAGCUCAAAGAUCUCCCGGGGGGACCUGCUCCGCACUGCACUGGUAGCUUGCCUCUGCCCAGCCAUUGGAGCUUGUCCCCAAUGGCAAUGGCUCGCGCGUUGGCGCUGCUGCUGGUAGUUUCAGUAGUAGCAGCGGCGGCCGUGGCCACCGGCACCGCCGACCAGGAGAGCGACCGGAUCCGGGAGCUCCCGGGGCAGCCGCCCAACGUGGACUUCUCGCAGUACUCUGGCUACGUCACGGUGAACCCGGCGCGGGGGCGCGCGCUCUUCUACUGGCUCGUGGAGGCGGUGCCGGCGGCGGGGCCCAUCGCGCCUCUCGUCCUCUGGCUCAACGGCGGGCCCGGGUGCUCGUCGGUCGGCUACGGCGCCUCCGAGGAGGUCGGCCCGUUCCGCAUCAGGCCCGACGGCCAGACGCUCUACCUCAACCCCAAUUCCUGGAACAAGGCGGCCAAUUUGCUCUUCUUGGAGUCGCCGACCGGCGUUGGCUUCUCCUACUCGAAUUCGUCGCUGGAUCUACACACCGCGGGAGACGCAAAGACAGCACUGGGUUCCUAUGCUUUCCUGGUAAAUUGGUUGGAGAGAUUUCCACAGUACAAGUACAGAGAGUUUUAUAUUGCUGGAGAAAGUUAUGCAGGACAUUACGUUCCUCAAUUAGCCCAGCUCAUAUAUGAAAAGAACAAGGGCAUUGAGAAUCCCACAAUUAAUUUUAAAGGAUUUAUGGUGGGGAAUGCGGUUAUUGAUGACUACCAUGACUACCUUGGCACGUUUGAGUAUUGGUGGACUCAUGGUCUGAUCUCUGACAAAACGUAUCACAACUUGAAGGCAACAUGCUUGCUUGAAUCCUCGCAGCACCCUUCUCCUGACUGUCUCAAGAACCUAAAUCUAGCCAGUGCUGAAGAAGGCAAUAUUGAUCCUUACAGUUUGAAUACAAAGCCAUGCAAUGACACCGCCUCUCUCAAACUAGGCUUGGGUGGACGUUAUCCUUGGUUGUCCAGAGCUUACGAUCCUUGCACCGAAAGAUAUGCAAGUAUUUACUACAAUCGGCCAGAAGUGCAGAAAGCAUUACAUGCAAAUACAACCGGAAUUAAUUACCCUUGGCAAACAUGCAGCGAUAUUGUCGGAACCUAUUGGGCAGAUUCCCCAAGAUCCAUGCUUCCAAUCUACCAAGAACUGAUAGCAGCCGAUAUCAAGAUAUGGGUUUUCAGUGGGGAUACAGAUGCUGUAGUUCCUAUAACUGCAACAAGGUACUCGAUUGACGCUCUCAAGCUUCCAACACUGGUAAAUUGGUACCCUUGGUAUGACCAUGGGAAGGUAGGAGGUUGGAGUCAAGUUUACAAAGGAUUAACUCUAGUAACCGUAGCAGGUGCAGGACAUGAAGUCCCGUUGCACCGGCCUCGACAAGCUUUGAUAUUGUUCAGACACUUUUUGCAGAAUAAACCAAUGCCAACACAAUAGCCACUUGAAGCAGAGUUACAUUGUAAACUAUCACAGUAAAAUUUAUUGUUUUCAAUUUUUACUUGAUUUUGUUGUUACAACAUAUUAUUCAAUUAUCUCGAUUGAAUGUAUGUAUGCCUUUUAGCAAAUAGGGAUACCUGAGAUUUGUACUGCAGAAGCUUAAGAGCUCCUCUGUAUAUGAUAAUGAUUUUAAGCAGUACCUCACUCUUAGAAUUUGCUCAAGAAUAUAAUUGGCUUCCUGCUAGCUCUA